AUGUCGAAGCGCAUCCUAGUGACUGGCGCGACCGGGAAUCAAGGCGGCUCCGUAGCAAAGUUCCUGCUACAACACCCAGACGAGUACAGAGUCCGUGUCCUCACGCGAAACCCCGACUCGGAUGCCGCGAAGCAGCUCGCCCAGCAGGGCGCCGAGGUAGUCAAGGGGGACCUGACGGAUGCGUCGACGCUGGACGCGCCGUUUCGGGACUGUUGGGGCGCGUUUGUCGUGACGAAUUUCUACGAUGCGACAAUCAAAAACGACCCGGCCAGCGAAGAACAGCAAGGCCGCAACGCCGCGCUGGCGGCCCAACGGGCCGGGGGCAAAUACCGCGUCGACGGCUUCAUCCGCGACGAGCUCCGCUUCGACGCCGCCGUCUUCGUCUACACGGGAAACUUUUACGAGAACAUGGUCUUGAGGGGCCACGUGGUCAAAACUGAUGACGGCAAAAGCAUCGAGUUUCGCCAGCCCAUCAUCAAGGAGGACACGAAGCUCCACAUGGUCUGGGUCGAAAAGGACCUGGCUGGGGUAACAAAAGCGAUAUUCGACAACUGGGACCAGCGCAAGGACGAGCUGAGAUAUCGCCACCUCUACGCCAUGGAUGCCAUCCACACGCCGCGCGAGAUCUGCGACGUCAUCAACCGUGUUACCGGUCUGCCAACGAAAUACGUCGUGCUGCCUACGUCCGGCAACGAACAGCGAGAUAUCAUGUUUACCCUGUACAACAAGACGGGCACGUAUCCGGGCGUUGUGCUGCCUGACCAGCAAGUGCUGGAUCUGGGCGUGGAAUUGCACGGACUGGAGCAGUUUGUGAAAGAGAGGCUCGUGCCACACCUGGGACUGGGAUGA